AGAGAAUAGUUGAAUUUUGUGGAUUGAAAUUAGAAAUUUGAAACAAAAAAAAAUAUGCCCAUUCGAAAAAGGCACAACGAGAAAAGCUGCUGCAAGUGGUGACAUAGAAAAAUUAAAACUAGCUCACGAGAGUGGCUGUGAAUGGGAUGAAUAUACAACUACUGAAGCUGCUGCAAAUGGGCAUUUAGAAUGUUUAAAAUAUGCACAUAAAAAUGGAUGUCCGUGGAAUAAAGAAACAACAAGGGCUGCUGCUGCUAAUGGACAUUUAGAAUGUUUAAUAUAUGCUCAUAAAAAUGGAUGUCCGUGGAAUAAAAACACAACUGAAGCAGCUGCCAUGAAUGGUAAUUUAGAAAUUUUAAAAUAUGUUCAUAAAAAUGGAUGUAGAUGGGAUAACAACACAACAAUGGCCGCUGCUGCAAAUGGACAUUUAGAAUGCUUAAUUUAUGCACAUGAAAAUGGCUGUAAAUGGGAUGAAAAAACAACAUUAAAAGCCGCCGAAAAAGGUAGUUUGGAAUGUUUAAAAUACGCUCAUGAAAAUGGGUGCCGCUGGAAUAAAUAUACAACAACGCGAGCUGCCUUACAUGGUAAUUUAGAGUGUUUAAAAUAUGCGCAUGAAAACGGUUGUAAAUGGGAUGUAAGCACAAUUACUGCAGCUGCCAUGAGUGGAAAUUUAGAAAUUUUACAAUAUGCGCAUAAAAAUGGAUGUAUAUGGGAUGAAAGCACAGCAGAAGCAGCUGCAAAUUAUGGUAAUCUAGAAAACUUAAAAUAUAUUCAUGAAAAUGAAUGUAAAUGGGAUAAAAAAACAACAAGGGCUGCUGCUGCAAAUGGGCAUUUACAAUGCUUAAUAUAUGCUCAUGAAAACGGAUGUAAAUGGGAUCAAAGUACAAUAAGGGCUGCUGCUGCAAAUGGGCAUUUACAAUGCUUAAAUUAUGCGUAUAAAAAUGGUUGCCAAUGGGAUGAAACAACAACUAAAGAAGCUGCACAAAAAGGUAGUUUAGAAUGUGUAAAAUAUGCUCAUGAAAAUGGAUGCAAAUGGGCAGAAGGAACAACUAGAGCUUCUGCUUUAGUAGGUAAUUUAGAAAUUUUAAAAUAUGUCUAUGAAAAUGGAUGUCAAUGGGACAAAGGUACAACCUCUGCAGCAGUUAUGACAGGUGACUUAGAAAUGUUAAAAUAUGCACAUGAAAAUGGAUGCGAAUUCGAUGAAUUAAUAACAAUACAAGCUGCCAUUACUGGUGAUUUAGAAAUUUUAAAAUAUCUUCAUGAAAAUAAAAGUAAAUGGGCAGAAGGAACAACUAGAAUUGCAGCUUUAAAAGGUAAUUUAGACUUUUUAACAUAUGCCCACGAGAAUGGAUUCCAAUGGGAUGAUGGUACAACAAAAAUUGCUGCAGAAAAGGGCUAUUUAGACUGCUUAAAAUAUGCUCAUGAAAAUGACAUUAAUUGGGAUGAAGGUACAAUAGUUACAGCUGCUAAGCAUGGCAAUUUAAAUUGCUUAAUAUAUGCACACGAAAAUGGAUACAAGUGGGAAGAUGGCACAACUAGAGCUGCUGCAGCAAGUGGCUGUUUAAACUGUUUAAAAUAUGUUCAUAAAAAUGGAUGUGAGUGGGAUGAAAAUGUAACGUCAGUAGCUGCUUCUUAUGGUAAUUUAGAAAUUUUGAAAUAUGCUCAUGAAAAUGGAUGUAAAUGGGCAAAAGGCACAACAGAAACAGCAGCAAGAUAUGGUAAUUUAGAUUGUUUAAUAUAUGCACACAAAAAUGGAUGCCAAUGGGAUGAUGGUACAACUAAAGCUGCUGCCCAAGAGGGUGAUUUAGACAUUUUGAAAUAUGCUCAUGAAAAUGGAUGUAAAUGGGCAGAAGGCACAACUAGAGCUGCUGCUUCUUAUGGUGAUUUAGAAAUUUUAAAAUAUAUCUAUGAAAAUGGAUGCCAAUGGGAUAGAGGCACAACUAGAGCUGCUGCUUUAAAAAGUGAUUUAGAAAUUUUAAAAUACGCACAUGAAAAUGGAUGCGAAUUCGAUGAGCAAAUAGUGAUAAUAGGUGCCUUUAAUAGUGAUUUAGACACUAUAAAAUAUGCUCAUAUUAAUGGAUGCGAAUUGGAUAAAUUAAUAACAAUACAUGCUGCUUAUAGAGGUGAUUUAGACAUUUUAAAAUAUGCUCAUGAAAAGGGAUGCAAGUGGCUAGAAGGAACAACUAUAAUUGCUGCAGAAAAUGGCUAUUUAGACUGCUUAAAAUAUGCUCAUGAAAAUGACAUUAAUUGGGAUGAAGGUACAAUAGUUACAGCUGCUAAGCAUGGCAAUUUAAAUUGCUUAAUAUAUGCACACGAAAAUGGAUACAAGUGGGAAGAUGGCACAACUAGAGCUGCUGCAGCAAGUGGUUGUUUUGAUUGUUUAAAGUAUGCCUAUGAAAAUGGAUGUAAUUGGGAUGUAGAUACAAUAGUUACAGCUGCUGUUCAUGGUAAUUUAGAUUGCUUACAAUAUGCUCAUGAACAUGAAUGUAAUUGGGUUGAAGGUACGACCAGAGGGGCUGCUGCUAAUGGACAUUUUGACUGCUUAAAAUAUGCCUAUAACAAUGGUUGUGAUUGGGACGAAGGAACAACAAGAGAAGCUGCCGCUAGUGGUUGUAUUAACUGUUUGAUUUUUACACAUAAAAAAGGAUAUACAUGGGAUGAAGGUACGAUGAGUGCAGCUGCUACAAAUGGUCAUUUGGAAUGUUUGAAAUAUGUUCAUGAAAAUGGAUGUGAGUGGGAUGAAAGCACAAUAAGAUUAGCUGCUGCAAAUAAUCAAAUAAGUUGCAUAAAAUACGCUCAUGAAAAUAAUUGUCCGUGGAGUAAAAAUACCAUUUAUGAAGCUACUCGAAAUGGUUUUACUGAUAUANUUAUGAAGCUACUCGAAAUGGUUUUACUGAUAUAG